AUGCCUGACGAUUCCAUGGCCGUAGAUACACCAGAAACUCCUGCUCCUGCUCCCAAGGACAAGGACAAGAAGAAGGGAGGAGGUCAACCUUCGGCUUCCGAGGAGUCUGCCGCUCCUUACCCCGACAUGGAAUUUGCCCAAGAGAUUCACCGAUUGACGGUCAAAUCUGCUGGUGUGGAUGCGGAAUAUCAAACCAAGGUCUUCAAGAAGAUUAUUGAAGAAUUGGAGAAUCCCAGUUUUUACCGUCUAUUGCAAACUACCCUGUCCGUAGAUACUGGAUUGUGUUCGAAAGAAAAGUUGAAAGAGAUGGACGAGAAGAAUGCGGCCCAUAUGAAAGAGUUGGAAGCCAAGGUGGAAGAAGCAAAGGAAAGCGCUGGAGAUAUGGAAGUCAUGGACGCUAGAGUGAAGAUUGCUCGAUUUGCUGCCAAGUCUUUGACUAAAGACGAAGCUUUGGAGGCCUACAAGAAGCUUUUGGAGCUUCCCAAGGUGUCCAGUGGAAAGAAGAUUGAUGCCUUGAUGGAGUCUUCUCGUGUGGCAUCCUUCUAUGGUGAUACUGAUAAGAGUACAGAAUUUGUGGAAAGUGCACAAAAAUUAGCAACCGACGGCGGAGGUGGUGACUGGGACCGUCGUAAUCGACUAAAGGUAUACCGAGGUCUUGGACGAUUGCUAGAACGGGAUAUCAAGGAAGGAGCUUCUCUCAUGCUGGACUGUAUUGCCACCUUUUCGUGCAAUGAAAUGUGCUCCUACCCUUCCUUUAUUGUCUAUGCCACCCUUUCCAAUCUUUUACACAUUCCCCGGCCAAUGAUCAAAGAAAAGAUUUUGGAUGGACCUGAAAUUUUGUCUGUGGCCAAUGAAAUUCCUGAUGUGAUCAAGCUGGUGCGAGCCUUGUACGAUUGCGAUUACAAGGCAUAUCUCAACGCCAUGGUGGAAGUGGAACCAACACUUGUAGCAGACCGAUACUUGCAACCACAUGUGGCUUACUGGAUGCGGGAACUACACAUUAUGGCACACAAACAAUUUUUGGAUUCCUAUCAAUCUGUCACUCUCCAAGCCAUGGCUGAUGCCUUUGGGGUUUCUACCGAUUUUAUUGAUUAUCACGCCAGCCAAUUUAUUGCAGCUGGUCGAUUGUCUGCCAAGAUUGAUAAAUAUGGUGGAGUCAUUAUCACCAACAGACCAGACUUGAAGAAUGCGCAAUAUCGGGAAAUGAUUCAAAAGGGAGAUUUGUUACUGAAUCGAAUCCAAAAGCUGGCUCGUGUUGUGGACUUGUAA